CCCUGCCGGAGCACGUGAGGGCGCCUUGGCUGGCGGAACCGCACGGUUCUGGCGAGGUAACCUGCAAAACGGCCCACCGGGGCCAGAGCCAGUCGACAGUCUGGGGACGAGCUGCAAACGGGGGUGGGUUUAGGAGCAAGUGGAUGAUUGGGGACAGAUGUCGUGCUACGGAUCAUCUGUCACUACCAGCGCAAUGUUACUACCAGCGCAAUUGAGGCCCCUCGCGUUGCCAGAGAUAUGGCGGCGAGGCUUACGUAACCGGGCUCUAUCCAAUGGUACCCCAGAAUCACCUACAAACCCGGCACGUACCGGCGAAAUAAAGGAAGUCUGGGAAAUAACCAUUGACUAUACAACCAUUAUGGGUGCAGGGAGAUGCACACAUACUGGUGUAUAGUGGAUGAAUCCAGACGUCCUCUAGAAGUCCCCUCGUUGCUAUAUUGGGGAAGUGAAUUGUAGCCUAGUGGCCAGUCUCCGCCAUUUGGACGCCCAAACGGAAUGUACAAACGUCCGAAAAUUGCUGUGUAAAAAGUACGCAUAGCUACCGAGGCUGGGCGGAAUCCUUUUUCAAAUGCUACGCAACGGUAGCCGAACUACGGAGGAAAAGAAGUGGCAAUAUUACUCAAUGCACCGCAGGGAGCGUGGGGUUUCAGAGAAUACGUUACGAGUAACCUUAGAGUUUGCUUAGAGUCAGAAGAACAGAUAGAAUGGUUUCUUCUUUUCCUCUACCGUGGUUGGCCGUCGCUGUAGCUGCGGAGGAAAUUGCACAAAUUGGCCGCGAAAAAUCAGGCCUUUGGAUUGGAACCGCACACCAUUAGCUUAAUGGAUUGAUGCAAUUUGGCCACUCUAGUACAUUACACUGAUACUGGGACCCAUGAGCAUG